ACUCUCAGCUGUUAACUCCUGUUCCGUACGCUUUCACCUCCGACUGAUCAGUGCACGUCUUUCCAACAUGGAGCCCCUGAUCAGACGCCAGAGCUCUCAAACGACUGGUUUCUCUGGGUACUCUGGGUACGCUGGGUCCUCCAGUUACUCCGGUAGACCUCUGCAGGUGGACAAGUCCUAUGCCUACAGUGUCAGCGGUGGGGCAGGGGGCCACGGGACCAGGAUCUCCACCUCCUCCUAUGGCACCCGGGUUGGCAGCAGCUUCGGUGGGAGUUUUGACUACCAGUCUUCCGGGGCAGCUACUGGUGCCUUAGCCAUUGGAAACGAGAAGGUCGCCAUGCAACAUCUGAACGACCGUCUGGCCAGCUACCUGGAGACGGUGAGGAGUCUGGAGAAGGCCAACAAAACCCUGGAAAUCAAGAUCAGAGAGACCAUCGAGAAGAGGGGCCCCUUGGAAGAAAGGGACUACAGCAAGUACAACGCCGUCAUUGCAGAUCUGAGGGCCAAGAUCUUUGACAUGCUCAAGGGCAACGCCCACCUUGGGAUUGCUCUUGACAAUGCGCAGUUGGCUUCAGAAGACUUCAAAUCCAAGAUGGAGUAUGAGAUGUCAAUGCGGCAGAUGGUGGAGGCCGAUGUUGCCAGACUGAGGAAGAUCCUGGAUGACACCAACGUUAUACGUCUGCACCUUGAAGGGGACAUUGAGUCUCUAAAGGAAGAGCUGAUCACCUUGAAGAAAAACCAUGAGGCGGAUGUUGUUGAGUUGCGCACCCAAAUUACCCAGGUGGGCGUCCAUGUGGAUGUGGAUGCUCCUAAAGGCCAGGACCUGGCCAAGAUCAUGGAGGAAAUGAGGGCUAAGUACGAGAGGAUUGCACUUAAGAACCAAGAGGAACUGAAAGUAUGGCAUGAAUCUCAGAUCACAGAGGUGCAGGUGCAAGUCACGGAAAGCUCAACGGCUCUAAAGGAGGCCACGAGUGUGAUCAGUGAAACUAGGAGGAGGCAUCAGGCGCUUGAUAUUGAACUUCAAUCUGUACUCAAUCUGAAAGCAUCCCUGGAAGCCACCCUGCGCGACAUUGAGAUGCGUUACAACAUAGAGAUGGAGAAGUACAACGCCGUCCUCAUGAGGCUGCAGGACGAGUUAACUCUGAUCCGCACCGACAUCCAGCACAACACCAGAGAGUACGAGCUCCUGCUGAACAUCAAGGUGAAGCUGGAGGCCGAGAUCGCCGAGUACAGGAGGCUGCUGGACGGCGGAGGGGACCUGAAAUUGGAGGAUGCCCUUGAUUCGAAGAAGAUCCAGACCAACGUGGUGACGAUCACUCAGCAUUUGGUUGACGGCAAACUGGUGUCACAGAGCAAAGACGUCAAGUCCAACGUAGAAAGCUCGCCAUCAGAUAAAAAAUGAGGGAAAAGGACCUUUGUAACAACAAUAAAAGCACUAAAUUAAAA